GGUCAUGCUUCCCCCAACCAUUCAAGGAAAGGCUCGACGAAGGGAGGGUAAGGAAAACGCUUUCGGAGAUCGUUAUUUGUUUUUCAUCGAAAACGAAGAAGGUUAACGUAGUCAAGCCUAGGGUGCGUGUUAUCUGAAGGGAACACGCUUUUUCGACCGCGGUUCUAUGAUUGCCGGGCCUCUCCUCGUUCCGCCCGCUGGCCUAUUGGGAUAGCAUCGUUGCAUGCCCUUUCUAAUAAAGAAUUCCGGCUCGGCCUGGGAAAGCGCUGGCAAAGAAAGGAAGGGGUCCAUGUAGCUGCUGCGUCCGCCCCCUUCUUAGUCAAUGGGGCAGCAGGUUCGGCAUCUACUACAAAAGAUAGAAUCCACUUUAGAUAACCACACCUCUGCUAGGCAGCGUGUGGAAUGGCCGAGAGCGGACCUUUUUGGAUAUAUAAUCCAAGUCGAGAGUAGAGUUACGGGAACAGCCGUCUGAUGGAAAACAACUUUCACGUUCGGUUCAGAGAGCACUUUUUUCGUUGAGAAUGAUUCGUUCCCUUUCGUGUGAAUUCCCCAACGGCGAAUUAAAGGGCCCUAUCUAUUCCAUCUCUCGAGCCCCGAAUAAAAACCCCCUCCCCUUCGGAAUCCAUAUCUCUUUUGACUCUAUAUAUGUGGGCACCUGAUAUCUAUGAGGGUUCACCCACCCCGGUUACAGCAUUCCUUUCUAUUGCGCCUAAAAUAUCUAUUUCUGCUAAUAUUUCACGUCUUUCUAUUUAUGGUUCCUAUGGAGCUACAUUGCAACAAAUCUUCUUUUUCUGCAGCAUUGCUUCUAUGAUCUUAGGAGCACUGGCCGCCAUGGCCCAAACGAAAGUGAAAAGACUUUUAGCUCAUAGUUCUAUUGGACAUGUAGGUUAUAUUCGUACUGGUUUCUCAUGUGGAACCAUAGAAGGAAUUCAAUCACUACUAAUUGGUCUCUUUAUUUAUGCAUCAAUGACGAUAGAUGCAUUCGCCAUAGUUUCAGCAUUACGGCAAACCCGUGUCAAAUAUAUAGCGGAUUUGGGCGCUCUAGCCAAAACGAAUCCUAUUUUGGCUAUUACAUUCUCCAUUACUAUGUUCUCAUACGCGGGAAUACCCCCGUUAGCCGGCUUUUGUAGCAAAUUCUAUUUGUUCUUCGCCGCUUUGGGUUGUGGGGCUUAUUUCCUAGCCCCAGUGGGAGUAGUGACUAGCGUUAUAGGUCGUUGGGCGGCCGGAAGGUUACCACGAGUAAGUCAGUUUGGGAGACCGAAGGCAGUUUUCCGUGCACCGGACACGUAGCUUACCGAAUCCGUUGCGACACAGAUGGGAAUGCAUGCUACGAAGGAUAGAGUCGAGUCUGAUACAUCAACCGUCUACUCAAUAUCCUUGUACGAGUCCACAAUCACUACACGAGAUGAACCUUGGUUUGGUGAAUUGAAGUUGGCCUUAGGUGUAAUAGGACUCCCAGUUACUGCGCGCGAUCGUAUACUGAGGUACUCUCUGCCGGUUGUUGGAACGACGCGAGCCGGGCCUCGAUUCAGAAAGAUGAAGGGCCCAAAAGUUUAAAUAGGGGGUUCCAAAUUCCCCAUCUCAUUGAGGGCGGAAACGAAUCGACAUCUCGAUGUAAUACAGCCUUUUCUAUUUUAGUUGGGAAAGAACGGUGAAGUCCAUCCCAACCGUCCAAUGAAGAAUAAGAGGAGAGCGUCAAUGGCGCGCGAAGCGCAUGCGGAACGGGCACAAAGAUAAAUUAAAUAAGUGUGGAGGAAAAGCAGCCGAGCUCAUUCCCUUCGCUUCCUGGACCCAAAGCAGUGCAUUUCUGGCCAAAUCAAGGAUUUGGGGCUUCUUGGUAUGGGACUUAAAUGAAUCCAUUUUUUGAGUAAUAUAUAUGAAUAGAAAGAUAAAUCGGAUAGGAUAGAUGGAUGGAUUUCUCUUUUAAUAUCUAAAAAAUAAUCGAUUGAAUUCAACUUUGAUUCAAAGAACUGCGCUUAGCCCUCCCGCUCAUGAAACGGCUCUGCUGUAAUGGAUGGCAGAGGGUCCGUAGUACCCGAAGCACUGGAGUGAUCCAGUAGCCGAGAAGGGGCCUAGAAGUGCCUACUACGGAACCACACUACACAUUUACAAAGUUCACCCCUGUCCAGUGCCUGGCAGAGCUAAGGGGGCUUCAAUCCUUACUCCUUAUCCCCUCGUCGGGGUCUUACUUAUGAAGGGGGAAGAGUGGAGAGCCUCGAGAAGCACUGUUGAGAGGAAGAUCCUUAUCCCCUCUUCAUUCGGGUUCCAAACCUUUCUUCAACAUAGGUGAGAAUUCACGAGGCAGAGAUGAAAGAGAUCAAACACGGGAAUAAAAAGUUAACUACGUCAAGCCUUUUGAUCAUUUUUAAAGAGGGGGAUGAAGAAAGUGGACAAAACAGACUCGCUUUUCCCAGCAAUCUCUGGUAUGCGGCUUUAGGCUUUCCGCGCGCUCCAUCCCUUGUUGGGCUGGGCCUUUUUUGUCUCGCAUUUAUCAUCGAACAAAUACAGGAAAAGAAUCAUAUUGAAAACGCUCCUAAGCCAAGCCCUUCCUUCAUAGAGCCGUGUAUUGUAAGUGAUCCGAACCUGCCCGGAGCGAUCCUCCCAUAGAGGCAAGUUCAGUUGGUGAGCCGUAUGAUGGGCAACUAUCUCCUGCGGUUCGGAGAGGACUCAGCUGUUAGUUAAUACCCCUUUGGUUUCGGGGUGGACCCUUUCACUCUAUUUUAUUAUAUACGCUUAGCGAAAAGAAUGUUUUUUGAUACACCUAGGACAUGGAUUCUAUAUGAACCAAUGGAUCGUGACAAGUCGUUACUACUAGCAAUGACUUCCUCUUUCAAUACUUUAUUCUUUUCAUAUCCCUCUCCUUUGUUCUCAGUUACUCAUCAAAUGGCACUCAGUUUAUAUCUUUAAGUUCUCUUAUUGACAAGGUUCAAAGAAAGGGUGGGU